GACGGAGCAACCGGGCUGGAGAACAAUAGCGGCGCUGGAAAACAAUGGAGCAGCCGCACCUCCCCGCGUAGGGAUGCGGGCCGGACGCGGGGCAGGAAUCGCAGCCCAGGAGUAGCGGCCGGGCCGGAGGCAGCGCAGGAUCCGCGGGACGGGCUCGGCUCCCAUGCCCCGGGAUGGAGCUCGGCGGAGGGGACGCGGUGCCCUGCGGGAAGGACAAAUUCAUCUCCAGGAAUGAGCUCCUCCUGCACCUGAAGACUUACAACAUCUACUACGAGGGGCAGAACCUGCAGCUGCGGCACCGGGAGGAGGAAGGGGAGCUGAUCGUGGAGGGGCUGCUGAACAUCUCGUGGGGGCUGCGCCGCCCCAUCCGCCUGCAGAUGCAGGACGACAACCAGCGCAUCCGCCCGCCCCCCUCCUCCUCCUCCUGGCACUCGGGCUGCAACCUGGGCGCCCACGGGUCCGUGCUCAAGCCCAGCACACUCCCGGACAUCCCGGUGACGGACGGCGAGGCCGCACUCAGCCCGGAGAGCCCCGGGAGAGGCGCAGCCCCCAGGCCGGCGGAGGAGGCCCCGCAGCUGAUGCGGACGCGCAGCGACUUUAGCUCUGCCCAGUCUCUGUUCCAGCUCAGCCUCUCCAGGCACCAGACCCUCCCAGGAUCCUCCUGGGAUCCGGGCAGGGCUCUCAGUGCUGUUUGUGCCCCGCAGACCUCGGUGUUCACGCCCGCCUACGGCUCCGUCACCAACGUGCGCAUCAACAGCGCCAUGACCACGCCGCAGGUGCUCAAACUGCUGCUCAACAAGUUCAAGAUUGAGAACUCUGCAGAGGAGUUUGCUCUGUACAUGGUGCACACGAGCGGAGAGAAGCAGAAGCUGCGCGGCAGCGACUUCCCCCUGCUGGCCCGCAUCCUGCAGGGCCCCUGCGAGCAGGUCUCCAAGGUGUUCCUCAUGGAGAAGGACCAGGUGGAAGAGGUCACCUACGACGUCGCCCAGUACAUCAAAUUCGAGAUGCCCAUCCUCAGGAGCUUCAUCCAGAAGCUGGAGGAGGAGGAGGAUCGGGAAGUGAAGAAGCUGAAGCACAAGUACUCCAUCCUGCGGCUGAUGAUCGAGCAGAGGCUGGAGGAGAUUUCCGAGGGCCCGACGGCGAUGUGAGCGUCCCUGGGACGUGCUGCACCAAAUCCCAACCCCAAAACGCUCCUGGUGUCCAUCUGCACAGCUCCAAACCCCCUCCCACGCCUUCACCCCCACAGAAUCCUCGGGGGCUCUUCCCAGGAAGAGCUGGCGGCAGCUUCAGCCAAAACCUUAAAUCCUGGAAAACACGG